AUGAAUUCUGACUCCAGCUCUGUCUCCAGCAGAGCUUCCUCGCCAGACAUGGAUGAGAUGUACCUGAGAGACCACCACCACCACCACCACCAUCACCACCACCAGGACAGCCGGCUCAACUCCGUCUCCUCCACCCAGAACGACCUGGUGCAGAAGAUGUCCGGGGAAGGCCUCUCCAGGAACGGCUCCAAGGCCGGAGGGGAAGGCAGCAAGUACAAAAUCAAGAAGCAGCUCUCGGAGCAGGACCUGCAGCAGCUGCGGCUGAAGAUCAACGGCCGGGAGCGUAAGAGGAUGCACGACCUCAACCUCGCCAUGGACGGGCUGCGGGAGGUGAUGCCCUACGCCCACGGACCUUCCGUGAGAAAACUCUCCAAAAUCGCCACCCUCCUGCUAGCCAGAAACUAUAUCCUGAUGCUCACCAGCUCCCUGGAGGAGAUGAAGAGGCUGGUGGGGGAAAUCUACGGGGGGCACCACUCGGCCUUUCACUGCGGCACGGUGGGACACUCCGCCGGGCACCCGCCCCACGCCGCCGGCACCGUGCACCAGGUGCACCCCAUCCUCGGCAGUGCCUUGUCCUCCGCCAACACCUCCUCCUCCCUCUCCGCCUCCCUGCCGGCCAUCGGCACCAUCCGGCCCCCCCACUCCCUGCUCAAGACCCCCUCGACGCCCCCCGCCCUGCAGCUCGGCAGCGGCUUCCAGCACUGGGCGGGCUUGCCGUGCCCCUGCACCAUCUGCCAGAUGCCCCCCCCGCCCCACCUCUCUGCCCUCACCGCUUCCAACAUGGCCAGGAUCUCGGGGGAGACCAAGGACCUCCUGAAGUGA